ACACCGGCCGCAAGACGGAGAGCGCGCGGCAGCCGGGGCCCGUGCUGCGCGCCGCGGGGAGGACCGCGGUCCCCCCGAGGCGGCGCUGGGUCCCGCCAUCCACGCAGCGGCACCACGAUGUGCCCGACGGCGAAGCCAAGCACGACAUCAUCCAUAGGAAAGUGCGUGGCAUACUUAACAAACUCACGCCGGAGAAAUUCCAAAAGCUGAGCGAUGAUCUACUCGCAUUGGAAUUGGAUUCGGACAAGGUGCUGAAGGGGGUGAUCCUUCUAAUAUUCGACAAGGCACUUGAUGAACCUAAGUACUCGUCGAUGUACGCUCAGCUGUGCAAGCGGCUCAGCGAAGAGGCGCCCAACUUUGAGCCGCCCGGCUCCCCCUGUACUUUCAAGCUGCUCCUGCUCAACAAAUGUCGCACCGAAUUCGAAAACCGCGCCCAGGCAUUCGCAGCCUUCGAAGACAAGGCUCUCACUCCUGAGGAAGAGGAGAAACGGCAUUUAGCCAAGUGUAAAAUGCUCGGCAACAUCAAAUUCAUCGGCGAACUGGGCAAGUUGGAGAUCCUCGCGGAGUCGAUCCUUCACCGUUGCAUCCAGAACCUGCUGGCUCGCCGCGCCGCCGCCGAGCACCAUGAAGACCUGGAGUGUCUGGCGCAGCUGGUACGGACGUGCGGCCGCGUGCUUGACUCGGAGCGCGGCCGCGGUCUCAUGGAUCAAUAUUUCGCACGAAUCGAAACGUUGUCCAACUCGCGCGACCUCGCCCCUCGCAUCCGGUUCAUGUUGCGGGACGUGGUGGAGCUGCGACGCUCAGGCUGGCUGCCACGCACGGCGGUGUCAGCCGAGGGCCCGGUGCCCAUACAUCAGUUGCGCGCCGACGACGAGCCACCGCCUCGCCGCGAGCGCGAGCGGGAGCGCGACUCUCUGUUCAGGGGCGGGAUGCGCUCGCGGCCCCUGGACGACGUGCUGGCCGGUCUCAGCCUGCAGCCAGCCGCCGCACUCGUGCCGCCGCCGGACAAAUUGUUCGGGAACGGUUUCGCUCCGCCGGCUUUCCGCCAGCGCUCGGCGCCCGGCUACUACCCGCGCUCGCAUUACAAGCACCAACAGCAUCAGCACGCGCCCUCCGCGGGCAAGGAGGGCUCGCGCUCCGGCAAGGCUCGUGUGGCGGUGGCAGCGGGCGCUCUGCAAGACGUCCAGAUGCGCCCCGCCGCCAACUCUCUCAUGUUCACGGCCAACAGGCUGUCUCGCCCUCCGCCCUCGCAGCUGCCACUCGCCUCCCAAAACGUGCUGACGCCAACAUUCGCCAGUGCUCCGCCUCUUAUGAAAGAGCCCUCCAUCACUAUCAAGCCCGCGCCCGACAAAAAGGAUAAACCGAAAAAGGACAAGGGGUUGAACAAGGAGGAGGCGUGUCGCCUGGGCAUCGAAGCGGUGAGUGCGCUGGCUGACAGCGACGAACGCAUCGACCAACCGGAGCCGGAGCCCGAGCAAGAGCACGAGCCGACGCUGGCGGCGCCUCUGCGGCGUCUGCACGACCUCCAGCUGCCCGAUAAGUUGCUAAGGCGCGUCAUCGCCGCGGUGCUGGAGCACGCGGUCACGGCAGACAUACGACCGCCGGCUGACAACGACACCGAACCGGACGGUGACGCCAAUGAUGAAGACGAGCGUGUGACUCGUCUGCUCUGGGCCGCCUGUAGUGUGGUGCGCGCUGUUAAACGAGCGCCCCUGGGCGAGCCGCUCAGGGCGCUCCUGCAGGCGCACCACCCCCACCGCCGUCUACCCGGCCUUCUGGCACACGCCAUCAGACAGAAGUUAAUAUCGCUGUCAGAAGUAGGCACGUGGUGCGAGGGUGGUCAGUAUCACCCGUUAUUACUGGAAGUGCUGCAGUCCCUACGAGAACUCGUCGGCCUGGAGCGCCUACAAGACAUGCUCGAGGAUAGUAAGGUGAACCUAUGCGCCUAUGUGUCGGAGCGGGAAGGUGGUGCGGGCGGUCUUGAUGCUCUGGAGGCUCGCGGUCUCGGCGCGUUGGUGCCGCAGCUGCGGGUGCAGGCGGCGUUGGCGCGACAGCUGGCCACGGAGCCGGCUCCGACCGCGCUCUACCGCUGGAUCAAGGCCAACGUGGAACCCUCCGUGAGACACAACGCCGCAUUCGUGUCAGCGUUGGUGGCGCUGGUCGCGGAGCACGUGACGGCGGCGGCGGGCGGCGCCUCGCCGGACAAGGCUGCACUCGAACGUGAGAAAGCGCUGGCCGAGGCCUACGCUCCACUCCUGACAGCCCUGCUCGAGGGCCGCUCUGAUCUACAGCUUGCGGCCGUAUACGCCGUGCAGGUGCAUGCACACCAUCAUCGGUACCCUAAAGGUAUGUUGCUACGCUGGUUCAUGUACCUGUAUAACUUGGAGGUAUGCGAGGAAGACGCUUUCCUGCGCUGGCGCGAGGACGUCACCGAUGCCUACCCUGGUAAGGGAGAGGCUCUGUUCCAGGUGAAUACGUGGCUGACAUGGCUUCAGCAGCAGGAGUCCGAGGACGAGGAGGCAGAGGACUGAGACGCGACCGGCGACACCCAACACUGCACCGCUUUUAUUUGCGCUCAUCUCAUAUAAAUAUAAUUAAGCCAAAUAGUUUAAUACCUACCCUCGUUACCCUUUAACACCGAAGUCGCCGCGCCCGCCGGCUCCCGUGUUAAAUAGGUAAAUUUUUAGGUUACUACGUAAACGAAUAUUAGUAUCUCGAGAUAAUUUUUUGUAGGCCUUUUACUCGAUUUUGAUACUUUUACAAAUGUAUACAAUGUAUAGUGUUCGUUUGAACGUAUGACUGCACUUCUAUCUGCCCCUCCUUCCCCCGCAAUGAGCGUGUUUUAGUUGAAAUUGUUAAAUAUCUAUCGAGAACUUAAAUCAAUUUUAUUAUUAUUAUCAUGAUCAUUUAUUUUCAAUACUAAAUGGAUGUAGUGAAUAAACUGUAAGAAUGCUUAAAUUUCAAUGUAUUAUCAGAUUUUAGAAUUUUGUAACUAAAUAUAAAGAAAACCACAAAAAAAUGUUUCCUCAGAAAUAAGUAAUGUAUGUUGAUUGAGUGAUUUGUAACAAAAAGUUGUGAAGUGAUGAGAAGUAUAAUAAGUACAUUGGUCAAUCUGUAUUCAGGAUGAAAAAUAAACUUCAGUGUAAGUUAUUACAGACUAAA